UGUGAGCUGUAAGGUCUUAUAUAGACAGGUGUGUGCCUUUCCUAAUCAAGUCCAAUCAGUUUAAUUAAACACAGCUGGACUCCAAUGAAGGAGUAGAACCAUCUCAAGGAGGAUCAGAAGAAAUGGACAGCAUGUCUGUAAAGCUUUCCUGGGACAUGAAUCAGUGACCUUACAUGCACAGGUUAAUCAGAAAAAGCAAUAGUCAGUUCCUGGUGAAGAGAAAAAACAAUAUUGAUGAAUCAUUGUAGUGAAUACACGCAAAAUGAAUUUGAUGCAACAAUGAUUCACACUCCUUGGCAAUGACUCAAUAAUGACUCCUUAAAAAAACCAUAAAAGAAAUAGGGGAUCUUGGGCUCCUCCUCCUCCUCCAAUACUUUAUGGAGAGAAAACUUCUACAGCAGCAUGAGACACGUCCAGGAAGGAAUUUACACACACAUAUAUAUAUACACAUACAUGCAAGAGAGUUUAUCUAGGACUUUUCCUUCUGCAGUGAUUCAAAGUGGAUACAUGUAAUAUAUAUGAGGAUAGCUUUAAAAGGAUAAAACAUUUUUUUUUUUUAGCUGCAAGCUACUCUUUUGGAGAAUUUCUCCCUGAAAUAAGAUGCAGGGGAUGGAUGCCGGGAUGAAUGUGCUCCCCAUAGAGCACGGGGAGGCAUGUGCGCCUCUCCUUCAGGGACUGUGGGAGUCAGUGAGGUCGGAGCAGCAGGAGAUCCUGCUCUCCCCUUACCUGCCUGCGUCCUUCGCCUUCCUCACACAUGUCCUGCUCUGCGCACCUUUCCUGGUGCUGGACGCGCUGGGGAGCGUCUGUCAGCGGGUCCAUUCGUGGAGGAUCUCUGCGGGCUCGGGUCAUCCGCCGUCCCUCCGAUGCUGGUUGAACUGUUUUUGGAGGGUGUUGUACGGAUACCUGACCUGCAUCCUCCCGGCCACCGCGCUGUUUCACUGGCUGAGGAGCCCCGCGUUGCCGCAGAUGGCUCCAUCCUGCUGGCAGCUCUUCGUGGAAGUCUUCGCAUGUUUGCUGCUGUUUGACACGCUGUUCUUCAUAUUGCACGUCACCAUGCACUGGGUGCCCUGGCUCUAUCGUAACACCCACCAGCUGCACCACCAGCACCACACACCUUUCGCUCUGGCGGCUCAGGACAGCGGCUCUCUGGAGCUUCUGUCUCUGCUGCUGCUGGCUCUGAGCAGCGCCUGGGUGGUGGGCUGCCACCCUCUGAGCGAAGCCUUCUUCCACCUCAUCAACAGCUGGCUGGCGGUGGAGGACCACUGUGGCUACGAUCUGCCCUGGGCUCUGCACAGACUGCUGCCCUGUCUGGGAGGAGCCCCCCACCACCAGGCCCACCAUACUCUCUACAGUGUCAACUACGCCCCCUACUUCAUCCACUGGGAUGUCCUUUUCGGCACAUACCGUGCACCAGUGCAGAAAUCACGUCCAAAGUGACAAAACUGUUGCAGGUAUCAAACUGAGGAUUGCAAAUCUGCCAAGAUGCAAUGAAGGAUAUAUUUUUGCAUAUUUUGAUGAUUAAAAUCUGUAUAAUUAGCUAAGAAGACAAAAUUCUCAAUGUUUAUUUGUCAAUGAUCUCAGAACUUCAUGGACAAACAUCCUGUUCAAGUGGAGUAUUUACAAUGUGAAGACCUCAUAUCUACAGCUGUUCUGUAUCAGGCAGCACGAGAUGGGGAGAGAGCGGAGAAGACACAAUAAAGAAAGACAAUGGAACAAUGAACAAAUGUAUAGCUGAUGUUGCCUCGUGAGUGGGUGUUUUUGGAUGGAUGCAUGCUUUCAUUUUGUAAAGUAGAUAUAAAGCAAAUAAUGCAUGAAAGAUCAUAUGUAAAUGUGUAAAGAGAAAAUCACAAAUCUGAGUAAAUGUUUGCUGUUGGUCAGUCAUGCACGGUCACUUUACAAACUGAUAAAAGGAGAAAGAAGUUGGGUGCCACUCUUAAGUUGGUACAGUACAAUUGGAAGUAACAACCAGCAGCCAGUCAGCUUAGCUUAGCACUAAGACUGUGAAUGAUAAAACAGCUAGCCGGCCUCAGCGGGAGGUCAAGAAAUUGUCCGGCACGUAACAAACCGUAACAGCAGACAGAUUAAACAAUCAAGGUGAGGUUAAGGUCCUGGUACAUUGAUCUUUUCCCCCUAGUUUCCAGGCUUUAUGCUAAGCUAUAAGCAAAACUGGCUGCUGAUUAACAUUUACCAUUCAUACAUCUUCUAACCUGGCAGGAAAGCAAAUAUAUUGUAUUUCCCAAAAUGUAUUUUAAUACCAAUAGAUAAUUUGAUAUCUUAGCCCAAAGGUGUUGUAUAAUUUGUAAAAUAUUUCUUGAUGAGUAUGUAUUGUAAAGAUUCUGUUCACCAACGGUUGACUAAUCAUAUAAAAGCAGGACACAUGU